CUCUUCCGGGAGUGCCCAGCUCGACUGAGAAGUGGAAGUCAGCCCGCUACGCCGCGACGCAUCGGAAACCGUGGUUGCAGAGAAACGCCGUCGCGCCUGUGUGACCUCAGCCGGGCCGGGGCGCGCUCCCGGCGGGAGACGGGCGCGCGAGCGGCCGAGCGCGCGGAGCCGGCGGUGGGUGUGAAGAGAAAAGCCAUGACAGUCCAGUGGGUGGCAGUUGCAAGCUUUCUCUAUGCUGAAAUAGGACUCAUUUUAAUCUUCUGUCUACCUUUUAUUCCGCCUCAGAGAUGGCAGAAGAUCUUUUCAUUUAGUGUCUGGGGUAAAAUUGCAAGUUUUUGGAACAAAGCUUUCCUUACUAUUAUAGUCCUAUUGAUUGUUUUGUUUCUAGAUGCUGUGAGAGAAGUAAGGAAGUACUCCUCCAGCCAUGGCAUUGAGAGGAGCACAGGUGGGAGACCUAGUGCCCAUGAACACACACAAAUGAAGCUUUUUAGAUCUCAAAGAAAUCUGUACAUUUCUGGAUUUUCAUUAUUUUUUUGGCUAGUGUUGAGACGUCUGGUUACACUUAUUACUCAGCUGGCAAAAGAAAUAUCAAAUAAGGGAGUGCUUAAAACUCAAGCAGAAAAUACUACUAAGGCUGCCAAGAAAUUCAUGGAAGAGAAUGAAAAACUAAAAUGGGUACUAAAAGGCCAUGACAAAGAUGAAGAACACACUUUGGAAACUGAAAAUAAAAAACUAGUAGAAGACCAGGAAAAACUGAAAACGGAAUUGAAGAAGGCUUCAGAUGCCCUUUUUAAGGCACAAAAUGAUGUGAUGACUAUGAAGAUUCAGUCCGAGAGACUUUCAAAAGAAUAUGAUCGACUCCUGAAAGAACACUUGGAACUUCAGAAUCAUUUAGAAAAAGACAAUAAGAAAGGUCUGUGAACAUUACAAAAGAAGAUUGUGAUAUACCGUGUCAAGAUAAUAAAUUUGUUAUCAUGAUAGCAACUAAAAAGUUUAAAAUUCAGUUCAAAAAAUGUUCUAUUAGCAACCAGUUAUUUUUUCAUGACACAUAUAGCCUAUAUAGUAGUGACAUUAUGAAAAUAUUUGAUGUUUUAGAUAUAAAGUGUGUAUUUCAACUCUUCAAAAAAAUAUAAGCAUGUUAAAUGCCUACUUACAUAUUGCUAAUAACAUUGGUAUAUGGUAGCUGUUUACCCAUAAAAGGAAAAAUUCAUUAGCCAUUUACUUCCAAAAUUAGAUUUUAUUUAAGUUGCAUGAAACCACUAAUAGCCUUGAAAGCUUUGAUGAGUGUUCAGUAAUCUGAUCAGAUGAUGUUCGAAAAUAGUACUCCAUAUCAGAAAAUUUGUUCACAGGGAAAUGAAAUAAGUGUAAAUGACCAGAACUAGCCACUGUAUUUGUAGAGAAAUGUUAAAAAGAGCAGUGAAAAUAGUAGUCUUAGGGUUUUUUUUUUAAGCCUCAAAAUUAUAUGGUUUACUCUACAUAAGACAGCACUAUUGAUAACUAUAUUUUUGUUACUGUGCUUAUGUACAUCUUAGAUUUUUUUUUAUAUUUUUUUUAGUAACACAGUAAGCUAUCUUUUCCACCUCAUCUAGUUAUUACCAGGCUCUAUGUCCACUUGCAUAACUGUCAUAACACUGAACUGAACUUAUAAUGUGGAAUUCUACACUUAAAAAACUCAUGUAUGACAUCCAAAAAGCAGUGUUUUUCCAUGGUUGUGAUAGUUAUUAAACAAAUAUUACCUCAAACGUA